AUGACUGUCGUCAUCGACGUUUCGCGCCAACGGACUUCCUCUGUGUAUUCAAGAUCCUCCGAGCAGACACCGCCCCCUCCUUACGAAUUUCACGACACAUACUCAACCGCUAUCGCUAUGACUACGCCAUGUACUCUGGAACCAAAGUUGCCAUCGUUCUCGCGAGUGCAAGACGUCAUUCCUCCAUCUAGUGCCAUUGUUCGCAAUUCAGUGGUUAGCCGUUCACGAACUAUUACGCCUAACCUAUCGAUCCCUCAUCUCCGAGAAGCUCUACAUACUCUGGAAUCGAAGAUGGCGUCGUUAUUGAGCGAACGCGAAUUGCUGGAAUCGAGAUUGGAGCAGGCCGUUCGAUUGCAAUCACCCAUUCAGCGCCUACCUGACGAGCUUCUUUCGGCGAUUUUCGAGAUCGGAGUAUUGGAGAGGGAGGAGGAAAAUUCGCUUUUGUUAUCCAACAUGAUGCUCGUCUGUCGAAAUUGGCGGGGUGUAGCGGUUAACACGCCAGUCCUUUGGUCGCGCAUCGCAGCAGGUACUCACCACUCGAUUGAGAGGGUUCGACUCAAGCUCGAGCGAUCGAAGUCUGUCCCUCUACACGUAUUUGUGGAUUUCAGUCCGCGCAUGGAGUACGGAAGUGUUGCCACAGAGUCUCUUGUCUAUGCAAUGGAUCUCCUGCGCCCCUCAAUCUGGCGAUGGAAAACAUUUCAUCUUACUGUUCCCAAUCGACCACAGGCCCAUGCAUCAUUGGCGCGUUGUCGGGAGCGUGCCCCCUUGCUCGAAGUUCUUUCAGUGCGUGUCUGCCAUUCCAUGCAGGAGGAUUACUUCUCGAAUCCGCUCCCACUACUGUUUGAUGGUCGGACCCCACGUCUCCGGAGGUGCUCAUUCACGUCCUUCAAUUUCAACUGGGAUCUCGGCCUUGUUAGCCGGCUGCGCAUUCUCAAACUUGGAGGGUAUUGGAAUUCGGCGGCGCCCUCCCUUGAUACUCUUCUUGAAGUUCUUCGCGCGUGUCCACAACUGGAAGAGCUUGCGUUGCGUAACAUGUCGGAUGUUGACCUGGAGUCAUAUUCGGUAUCGAAGCCGAGUCUGUUCGACCACGAAGGUCCACCGGGGCCACUGGUGCGAGUAUCUGAUACGAAGACAGUGCAAUUGCCAUAUCUAGCAAAGAUAUCCUUCUAUUAUUGCGGCAACCUACGUACGAGGACAAUUCUUGGACUGCUCUCAUUUCCUGCUUUAGAGCGGAUCGAGUUAUGCUUUCUCGAUAAUGUGUCGCCGCUGAUAGAGCAUUUACAACGUCAAUCACUGACUCGCCUCCCCCUCCGCCAUCUUCGGAUUGAAUCGUGUUUCUUCAACGAACUAAGACUCAUCCGGUUAUUACGUCGCCUGCCUUCACUGACCUCGUUGGAAUUUGUAGACAUGGAGGAUGUGUCAUCAAAUCUUCUCAAGAGUGUUUCCCAUCCAGCUGUCUCACAGACAUGGAUUUGCCCCAAACUUACGCAUGUUGGUCUGGAGGGUUGCACAGCCCUUGACUGGGAAUCAUUACGCUCCUUUGUAGAGUCUCGUCUACCCGCACAAUCUCGCGCAUUCUCCCCUCCAAGGACUGCUCUGAACACCUCUACUUCUAAUACUCCACAACCGAAGUUUGCAUCCUCGGCGUCAGCAUUUGCUACUCAUGCCAGUAUCUUGUCUCGCAUACCCGUGACGCCCCCGACGAAUGGUACUCUUGCAUCGCUGGGUAUACCCCAUCGGCUGGAUUCGCUAGACUUGACGCGUUGUCAUCAGAUCAGCAAGGAGAUGGUUCAAUGGCUGCGUAUGUAUGUGGCAGAAGUGAAAUGCGAAACAGUGAAGGGAUUCUGGGGUGAGACGGCACUGUCGUGA